AUGACCGAAAGUUUCUUUUCCGCAAUUCCCACCACCUUCGCAGGUAAAAAAACCACACGUAGGAGAGACAUCGUCCCACCGUUUAUCCGUGAGCGAGCAAGAGAACGAUAUUCAACAAUUCGCGAAUCAAUGUUUCCAUUGGAAGAAGCAGCCAAACAAAUAGUUUAUAUCGACACGUUGAUUUAUCUUCUCGAUGAACAAGGAUUCGAGUUUAAACAAGGCAUUGAAGGGAAUCACCGUGUAGUGGAUAAAAUCGGGCGUAAGGAAUUUGAGGUUUGUAUUUUGGAUAGCGAGGACGACGAGGAAGAAGAGGAGAACGAAUUUGUUUAUGAGGGUAAGAAAAAGAGAAACAUAGGAACGAAUGAGAAAGAUGUGACCAGAAGGAAAAUGACGAUGGAUAGGAGAAGGAGUCGCAGACGAAACGUUGUGGACAACGAAAGAAGGAAUGGAGAUGUUGCAAUAAGGAGGAAGAAAAGGGUGGUAAGUGAAGAAUCCGAACUUGGGAGUAGGAAAAGAAACCAUCGUGUCAUUAGAAAAAGAGAAAUGGAUGACGAGCGGGAAGCUGAGAAAAGGUCUAUCAAGCGUGAGAGAGGUAAAAGAGAUCUCGAGGAGCUCGAAAGAAUCAAAGAACUACCAAACAGUAAGACACGGGGAAAGAUGAUCAGAACCGGAUCCUCGAAGUGGGCUAGGGGUGUGAAUGGACCAAAAAAAUUACAUUCAACUAAAGUCAGAAAUGAACGAAAUCAAGAUGAUCAGCUGAUUUCAGGACGAAAUGCACAAGAUCACGUAAACGUCGAAGAAUCAGAAAUUUUCCGGAUUCCACAAGAUAAGAUGCCGGUCGUGGUUGUUCCUACCGUCCCAAAAAAGAAAAAGGCAACAUACGUCCGAUUCUAA